AUGGCUUUGUCCAGACUUGCCUCUGUUGUUUCGGUCCUUGCGGCUCUUGGACUCGCGACUCCGACGGGACCAGGAUGGUCACCACAUGGACACUAUCCCCGUCCGCCACCGCCUCCUCCUGGUCCUCCUCCUGCUUUUCCUCUGGCGACGACAACCUCGUCCGCUUCACCCGCACCGGCAUCGUCUGCCCCCGCGUCCUGCUCUGGGUAUUUUGAGCCUCUGGCGCCGCCUUUCCUCAAUGAUCUGGCACAAGCUGCUGGCAAGCUGUGGUUCGGCAGUGCGACCGAUCAACCUGGAACCGGCGAGGACACCAACAUCCUCUACCAAGAGAUCCUGAACAAUACGCACAUCUUCGGCCAGAUCACGCCGGCGAACAUGAUGAAGUUCGAGCUGAGCGAACCAGGGCCCGGCGUCUUCAACUUCACGGGUGGAGACAUUGACGUGGCCAUUGCGCAAGACCAUGGGAAAUACCUGAGAUGUCACAACCUGGUCUGGGUCAGCCAAGUCAGUGAAUGGGUGUUGAACGGGAGCUGGACGGCAGAUACACUCACGGAUGUCAUGCACAACCAUAUCCAGACCAUGAUUACCCACUUUGGAGACGCCUGUUACUCCUGGGACGUGGUCAACGAGGCUAUUGCUGCCAACGGGUCGUUUUCUUCCAGUAUCUGGUACGACGUGAUCGGCCCAGAGUACUUUUUCCUGGCAUAUCAGUUUGCUCAGGAGGCCGUCGACUCCCUACCGGCUGGUACGCGAAAGCCAAAGCUGUACUACAACGACUUCGGGAUCGAGUCUGGGAACAAGUCGGUGGCGGUGCUGGGUCUGAUCCAAGAGCUGCAGAGUCGGAACAUCCGCAUCGACGGCGUCGGGCUGGAGAGCCAUUUCGUGGUCGGCGACACGCCCUCGCUGGAGGAGCAGGUGGCUACGAAACAAGCCUACAUCGCCGCCGGGGUCGAGGUGGCCAUCACUGAACUCGACGUCCGGUUUUCCCAGGCCAAUCUGACCAACGCCACAGCCUUUGCCCUACAGGCGGAAGAGUACUACAACUCGACGGCCAGCUGUAUCCUGGUGGAGGGGUGCGUCGGGAUCACGGUCUGGGACUUUGACGAUCAAUACAGCUGGAUUCCCUCGAGCUUUCCCGGACAGGGCCUGGCGGACCUUUACGAUGCUGACUUUAGGCUGCUCUAUGUUUCGAACCGACAGCCUGUGAUGACCAUGGCCUCAUUCUUUCGGGUCCUGAUGCCAUUGGGAUUGCUCGUUGGGUAUAGCUUUGGUCAUCCUCAGGAUAUUGUUCGCCGGGCCAACGUCGCCGUGUCCAACACCGGCAGCUCACUGACCUAUGUCUUCCAAAACAACCUCAAUGCCUCAGACGAUGUGAACCAUGUCGGCGCUAUCUUGCUUGACCCGAUGUCGGCAUCCGCUGGGUCGGCUGCUUGUGAAGAGUUGAGCGAGACACUGUUGACCCAGACGAUCAUCCAGAACUACAGCAGUGAUUUCUCCUCCGCCUUAUCAUACCUGGCAUACUCUGGAAGAGUGUCUCCAAAUCAGGCGUAUCACAUCGCCGGUGGCAGCUUGCAGGUCUCGGAUCAAGCACAGCUCUCUUUUCCCACAGUGCCACAGGGCGACUCAGCUUUGCCUGUACUUUGCACCCAAUCAAGCAAUGCAAGUCAGCCUCCAAACUCGACGGCAAGCUCUUCCAACCAGGUGGUCGUCGCGGCAGCAGGAAAUACUUAUAUCGGCUACCGAAACCAGAAAUCGUUUCGUUUCCUGGGCAUCAGAUAUGCGGAUCCUCCACAGCGAUGGGUAUACUCUCAUUCAUACAGUGGAACGGGCAAUACGGUGAAUGCAACCGCAUAUGGGCCCCAGUGUUCACAGGCAUCCGUGAAUGGUACAAGUGAAGACUGCUUGUUUCUCAACAUCCAGACGCCAUAUAUUCCCAAGGCCGGAUCAUCCAAGAGCCUGAGACCCGUCUUGUUUUGGAUCCACGGCGGAGGCUUCACCGGUGGCACAGGCGCAGAUCCGCUUAGCGACGGGGGUAAUCUGGCUUCUCGCGAGGACAUUGUUGUCGUGACCAUCAACUAUCGGCUGUCCACGCUGGGGUUUCUGGCGAUUCCCGGCACCAACAUCACCGGAAACUUUGGUAUUGGCGACCAGAUCGUCGCCUUGAACUGGACCGUACAGAACAUUGCCAAGUUCGGCGGCGAUCCCACCAAAAUCACCAUCAUGGGCGAAUCCGCCGGAGCUGGCUCCGUCCGAACCCUCCUCGGCAGUCCCCCAGCCAUCGGGCUGUUCCAGGGCGCAAUAGCCAUGUCCAACCUGGGUGGCGGUGUGACUCUUGGUCUCGACAGCAACUACGGCACGACCUACUCGUCAUACUACACCGUCAACGAAUCAUACACGGUCGCUGGGCCUCAGAUCUUCAACGCGUCAAACUGUACCCAACAAUCGCUGAGUGGCAAGAUCGCGUGCCUGAAAGAGGUCAAUGCCACGGAUCUGGUGAGCCUGGAGACGGUUGCUCGAUAUGUCGUCCAAGACGGCACCAUUGUCAACUCGUCGCAACUCAACGUGGUCCAGAAGAGUGCGGGCAGCGCCUACGUGCCGAUCAUGUUUGGCGUUGCAGCGAAUGACGGCGCCUCCUUUUCCACCAUCUCCCCGACUCCCGUGCACAACGAGACCGAAGGGCUGAUGACCGGUCUGGGCAUCAAUGCGUCUUACGCGCAGGCAAUCAUCCGGUCCGGCCUGUUCCCCUACCACGACACGGGCAACAUGACGUUCGACUCGUUCAACGUGACGCAACGGGUCGCCACGGACAGCACCUUCCGCUGCAUCGACCAGGCCACGGUCUACGCCGGCGCCGAGACCGGCACGUUCCCAGCGGCGUAUUACUACCAGUUCGAACGGACCAUCAACGGCUACAACCCGGAAAACGUCCCUGGCGCACCAAUCACGCCGGGCUACCCGCACGGGAACCCCAACCUGCCUUACUUCAAGCUGCACGGCGCAGACAUGGACUGGGCGUUUGGCAACUUCUACGUGCCCCUCCGGGACGCAAACGAUCUGUACUCGGUGCAGCUUGUGAGUGGGUACUUUGCGGAAUUUGUGAGGAGCGGCCAGCCGAAUCCGCCGGUCCCGUACCUCCAGGCCAGGGGGUACACAAGGACCUUGCAGGGCGUCCAGGAGUCCGGGCCAUGGGAGAAGGUGUCGAAUGCCACCGGGCCGAUUAAACAUUUGGACUACCCCGCGGUGAGCGGGGGCUUUGUCGAUUUGCCCCAGUGUGCGUGGCUGAACUAUAGCGUCAAUUACUAUCUCGACCAGUAG